AUGAGCGCCGAAAGUACCGAGCCUCACCCUCCCCGAGAGGCGCCGGCCCCAACUGCAUCCGAAAAAAAGGAGCUCACGGCCGAGGACGUGUUUGAACCCCAUAUCCUAGCCAAGACUGAUCCGGAAGUGGUAAAAAUUGUGCUUCGGGGGGUCAACGCCGGCGUACCGCCCACGGCGUCGGUGCCCGUCGAGGAGCGCCGCGCCCACCCGGAAAAGUACCGGGCGCCGUGGGCCCGGGCUACCGACGACUGGCCGCGCGUGGCCGAUCAGAACUUUGCGUCGGAUGAUGGCACGGCGAGUAUUCCGGUCAAGGUGUACCAUCCCGAUCCCGAGGUUUGGGGCGAGGGGCCCUAUGGUGUGCACCUUAAUUUUCAUGGCGGUGGUUUCGUCUUUGGUGAUCUGGAGGGCGAGUCCACGAUUUGCGAUAAUAUGCGCAAAGACGCGGGGGUUGUAGUUAUUGAUGUCAACUACCGACACUGCCCUGAGGUCACUUGGGGCAAAGCUAUCGAGGACGCAUGGUCGGCAGUGAAAUGGGUCAGAAACUCUGCAGAGUCGCUCAGAAUCAAGCCCGAAUCUCUAUCGAUCGGCGGCAUCUCAGCCGGCGGCCACAUAUCCCUCGUUCUCCAGCACAUUCUGCGCGACGAGGGCAUCCCCCUGCGCAUCUGUCUCCCCACCGUCCCGGGGACGACCAAGGCCUUGUUUUACAACUUUUACACUGAUUCGCCGCACGCUUCCUUUCACGAGUUCUUCCGCGGGCCCAUCCUGCCGUGGGCCACCAUCAAGUACUUUGGCGACUACUGUUUCCCGCGAGACCAGCGCGAGGAGCGCGUCGCCCUGGUUCCGGACUGGUGGGCCGACCCGCUCAACUGUGCCCGGGACUGGACCAGGCUGGGCGAGACGUAUAUCCGCACCGCCGAGACGGACCCGCUGCGCGACGAGGGCGAGGCCUAUGCCUUGAAGCUUGCUGCCGCCGGCAACAAGGUCGGCCUCAAGCGCUACCAGGGCGUGCCUCACGUCUUUAUGUUUUGGAGCGGACUCGCGCAGAAGGAGGAGUGGGAGAAGGAGUCUGCUGCGAUCCUGAGGGUGGCGCAUGGUACCGCUAAAGUGGUUGAGUGA